CGUUUGCUAUCGUUCUCAUGCUGGGAAAAAAUGUCAAGAAGGAAACCUCAAUCAAAAGAGGAUACCAUUAAUGAGCCUAAAGUUGUAGCCCUUGCAGGCCAGUCUUAUUCAUAUGGACAGACUCCUGCUGCCCUUUGCAGGCACCAUUUUAAAGAGAUUGCAGAACAUCUUAAUAUGACUGUGGAAGAGCUGGCCAGAGGGGUUCUCAACAAAUCGCUUGGGGACCAGUUGUGCAUGCUUCGAGAUUUUUACAAGAGCAAAAAUCAAGAAUCAGAGGUUAUUUACCAGCCUCUGCUCAAACUCUCCUCAGAAGAGAUAAGUAAUUCUAAAACUACAGACAAGUCACUAAAGAAAAACAAUAAAACUUGCAAGGAAACUGGAUUAUCUGUCCAAAUGAAAAAUAAGCCGGCUGUUCUGAUUUUAUCAAGUGAACCUGAAGAAAAAAUGAACAAUGUGGACCUUGAGCCUCUAAACAAAACUGUUCUGACGGGUAAAAAGCCUCUAUGUAAGCGAACCAAAGUUCAGAACAUGAAUUUGUCAAGUUCCAUUGAAGCUACAAUAGCGUUUGAAAGCAUGUUGAGCUCUGGGGAAGAGCUGACAGACGAGAAUCAGAUGACUGUUCAAGAACCUGUGAUUGUUGAUCUUGAAAUGAAGAGCACAGAAACGACAUUAUUGAAUGAUUCGCAGUCGAAGAAACUGGUUACCGAAGAAACGACCAAAGAACCUCUUACUGUGAUAGAACGGGUUAGAACACCAGUACCAGCGGAAGAAUCGCAGGAAGAUCUAGAAACUUUACUAUAUGGGAAAAAUUCAAGAUCAAAACCGCCACCCAGAAAAAGAUGUCGACAACAACCGCCGUCUCAGCCGACUAGUGAAACAACGACAGCUAUUUUUGAUGCAUUUGACAGCCCUUCUUCUCCGCGAGUUUGUACACCGGGACUGGCAUUUGAAUCCUCAUCUUAUAGCCCUUCGCCUCGCCAACGAGACCUUCUUUCAAUUGCUCGGGACAUCGCUGCUAUCCAAAAAGUUGUGGCAUCGGGGAAGAAACUCAGUGAUUCAGUUUCAGAUACAAUUAAAUUUACAAAUCCGACAGAUUAAUUUAGAUGGCUUGAUUUUUAGAUGAUGAAUUUUAGUGAAGUUUUUUAUUUUUAUUCUGACUAUUUAAUGACCGUACAAAUUGACAUCAUAUUGUUUUUAUUCCAUUUUUAUUUCGUUUCCAGUACUUACUGCUUCAGCUUGAGCAAUAGCUUUACUAGUAGCCUUUUCCGUUCUGACUUUCUUUUUCAUUUCUUUUUCAGCUUUCUUUGCCUCUUUUUCCCUUUGUUCCAACAUCUCUUGGAAUUUGGGGUCCUUCAUGCUAACAACAUACCCAAAGUGUUGUCGAACUUCUUCGAUUAAGAUGUCUUUCUUUUCCUGUGCAGCACGAGCAACUGCUUCCUUCUUCUCUUGUCUGUCCUUUAGUUCCUUCAUCCACAAAGCAAGUUUUCCCAUUUUUAAUUCAAUAUCCUUUUGUCUGCAAAAUAAAAAAUAACAAUUAAAAGAAAAAAUUACCACCAUAAUAUUUUGUAGUUGAA